AUGACACCCGACGAAUCACAAAAAGUGGUUGAUCGUUUUUUCUCGGAAAUCGAAUCAAACAUAAAGAAAGAAGAAGAAGAAUCAGAGGCCAUGCUUAAUGUUUUUCUAAAGCCGGGAGAAGAAAGCCCCAGAGCAGCGUCAGUAACCGACAAAGUUUAUAACGCGCGACGAAAGAAAUCGAAAUUAGCCGUUAAUUAUUAUCGAGUAGGUGAAGAAGAGGGUGGUGGAGAUGACCGUACGGAAAAUAAUAAA